AUGUAUAGUUAUCAAGGAGCAUAUGGGUAAGCUUUGAAUAUUUCGUUUAAAUUCCUCUUUCAAAACUUAUUUUUCAGUGGAUAUGUAAAUCCGCCACAAUAUCAAUCAACGAAUGCAGCAGCAACUGCAAGUCUUUAUCAACAACAUCAACAGCAAACUGCAGCUGCUGCAUCUAUUUAUGGAACUGGAGCUGCUACUACUGCACCAGCUACAAAUGUUUAUCAAUCAUUUCCGUAUUCAGCUGCAGCUGCGGCGGGUGUAGCAAAUCAACAAAGUAGAUUGACAACAGAUGCAUAUAAUACUCAAUAUGGAGGCUAUCGUAAGUUUUUAGUGAAAAAAUGACUAAUUUUAAUUGCAAUUUAAGCUUCGAAUUCAUCCACUCAACAUUAUUAUGGAACAACUGGAGGAGUGAAAAAUGUUUCAACGUUUGGAGCAGCAGCAGGUAUAGUUAUUUUAUUUCUAAUUCUCGAAAAUAUUCCCAUGAUUUGUUUCUAGCUGCUGCUGCACAAACUCCAUCAUAUUCAACAUAUGAUGCAGCUGUUUAUGCUGCUGCAAGUACUUAUAUUGCAAAUAAGAAAUCUACAACAACUUCAACUGCAACAACGAAUCCAUAUGCUUGGAUGAAUAGUAGUAAUAGUGUUAAUAACAAACCAUAUUGGAGUAAUAAAAGAAAAUAUGAUGGAAGUGAACGAGAUUCGACAAUGCAUUAUUGUGAAAUAUGCAAAAUUUCAUGUGCUGGAACUGGAACAUAUAAAGAACAUUUGGAAGGAAAACAGCACAAAAGAAAAGAAUCAUUGCAAAAAGGAGAUCAACCAAUUACAUUGGCAAGAAAUAAAGUAUCAUAUCGAUGUGAUUUAUGUAAUGUAACAUGUGCUGGACAUGAUACUUAUUUAUCGCAUAUUCGGGGAAAACAACAUAUGAAAGCUGUAGCACUUUGUAGAAAAAUGGGAAAAGUUGUGCCAGAAGAUGUUCCAACUAUUAUCUCCAAAAAUUCUUCGGGAGAAAUUCAAGAAGUUAAAGCAAAAUCGAAAUGGCAUCAACAACAAUUGCCAGGAACCAAUAAGGUUAUUGGUAUUAAUACAAUUAAUUUUGUGGGAGGUUCUAGAUUGAAUACAACUGGAAGAUUAGAAGAAAAGAAAAAAGAAGUAUUGUCUGCAGUUGGAAGUGUUGGAAUAUCUGUUAAAGAACCAGUUAUUGAAGUUGAUGAUGAAAGAUUACAAGCUAUGAUUGUUGCUGAUGAUAUUAAACCAAUUGGAGAAGAACAUGUUAAAGCAGAAAGAGAUCCAACUGGAAAACUUAUCAAUUAUCUUUGCACGGUAACUAUUAUUUUAUUUUUUUUUAAUUAAAAAUAUCACGAAUUUUUUCAGAUUUGUGAUUGCAAAUUCUCUGAUCCAAAUGCGAAAGAUGUUCAUUUGAAAGGUCGUCGACAUCGAUUAUCUUAUCAGAAAAAAGUUGAUCCAAGUUUCCGAGUUGAUACAAAACAACCAAGUAAAAAAUCAAGAGAGAAUAAUAAAGAGGCUAAAACAAAUGUUCAAAGAGGCCCUUGGUUUGGUGGUGUAACUGCAGAAGGACAACGAUUGAAUGUAUUAGAUGAAAGACAUUUCGAAGAAAAACAUGGAUUACUUCAUCCUGGAGAAGAAUAUGUUUUUAAAUUGGAAAAGUUUAUUUUGGAAACUGAAAAGGUUUUGAAAAGUGUAUCAGAAGAUGUUGAAACCAAGUUAGUUUUCAUUUUAUUUUAUUCAAGAAAAUAUAUGUAUUUUUUUAUUUUAGCCGAGUUCUUUUCGAACAAACAAAAAAUAUUGAUGAAGGCGAAAUUGAAUCAGAAGAAAAUAAACCAACAAAUACUCGAAUUUUGCAAGGUGUCAUGAGAGUUGGAUUAUAUGCCAAAAAUAUAUUCAUAAAAGGAGAUGAUCUCAUUGAAUUGGUUGUUGUUUCAACUCCAAUUCCUACAACAGAGUUAGUUCAAUAUAUCAAACAAUCAUUUGGAACUCAUACUGUUAGUUUAUUCAAUUUUAUUUUUUUAUUUGAUUUUUGUUUUUUUUUCAGCAAUUAUUAUCAAUCGAAAAUGAUGAAGCAUCGGAUGCUAGUUUAAUUAUUAAACAUCCUGAAAUUGAAAAUGUUCGAAUUCGAGUGUUUUUAACAUCACCAACUCUUCGAGAAAUUGCAGAUGAUUCAGAAAUUGCUUGCGCAGAUCAUAAAUCAUGUUUAACUGCUUUAUCAUAUUUGCGGCGAGCGAAAUGGUUUGCUGUGAGUUUUGUGUUCAACAUUUUCAAGAUUAUUAUUAAAAUAUUUUCAGGCACGCUGUCUUCCACUCAAAUCGUGUCAACCAGUUUUAAGAGUGUUUCGAGAAUUGAGAAAACGUUCAGCUGUUUGGGGAUAUCUCAAUGAUCAUGUAAGACUUUUUUCUAAAUUUGUCACACCUGGACUAAAUAUUUCACGGCGUCAAGUUUUUGAGAGAAUUAUUUUACCUAGAGUGAAUAUUGAUUUUCUCGUUUUUUUCUGUACAAAAAUCUAAUUUCACAAUUUUUUGUUGACCAACCUUUUCGUUGCUCGAGCAGAAUAAUUUUUUUUUUCGAAGUCAUAUGCAAAAAACUUGACAUUAGAUAAAUUUUGAAAAUCUCAACUUUUGAAAAGUGUUACCAAAUUCUGAAAAUCGUAUUUUUCUGUAGAAAGUAUCAUCUGAUUUAUUUUUAUUUUCAGACGAUUGAACUGCUGGUUGAAAAAAUCUUAUCAUCAUAUCCUUGUCCACUUUCGCCAGCUGAUGGAUUCAAAACUAUUUUAGAGGCUAUUUCUGUUGGAUUGGUUUGUACUGGAAUAUUAUAUGAUCCUUGUGAAAAAGAGCAGAUUAAUAUUUUCGAUUCAAUGAGCGAAGAACAAAAACUUGAAGUUACAUCAACAGCUCAAACUGCAUUAAGACUUAUUGCUUUCAAUCAAAUGUAUCAGGUAAAUAUUCAAGAAUAUUUUUAUCAUUAUUAGUUUUCAAAAAUAUUUUUGUUGUAGGUUCUUUCAAUGACUCGUCUUUCGGAUAUUCGUCCAUCUUUGAUGAGAAAACGACAAAAUGAUGAUCAAAAUGGAAAUAAUGAGGAUAAUAAUAAAAAGGAGAAAAUUGAAGAUGAAGAAGAAGAAGAAGAAAUGGAAAAAGAUGAAAAUGAGGAAAACAAAGAAGAAGAAAUGGCUGAAAAUUAG